UACCAUUGUGGACUCAGCUCAGCCUGAUGUCCAAGCAGAAUGCAGAUGUGUCGUGUGAUCGAAAGGCUAGAGAGGAAGAACUUUGGGGGGAGAACGCUUAGGUUAAUUAAUUAAUUUCCUUAUUUAUUAGAGAGUAAAUUAUCAUUUAAGAAGGUGAAAAAUUAACAAACUAGAAAAAUGACGUUGUAUCAUUUCGGAAACUGUUUGGCCUUGGUUUAUGUCCCUUACUACUUAACCUACAAGUACUCAGGACUUUCUGAGUACGGUGCAUUUUGGAAAUGCAUUCAAGCAGGAGGAAUUUAUGUAUUUACCCAGCUUGUAAAAAUGCUUGUGCUGGCCACUUUCUUCCCAGCCGCUGACAACAUAGGAUACAAGGGUUUCGACUUUUUUGGUGAAUUCUUGAAAUCCUCUAUCGACUUGGCAGAUUUAGUCGGAAUCUAUCUAGUUCUGAAUGGUAUACCAGGAAAGGGUCAUGCUAAAGUUUUGACAGCGGGUAUCGGUUGGGCAGGAGCUGAGGUUGUUCUCACAAGAUUUCUCUUGCUUUGGGUUGGAGCCAGAGGAGCAGAAUUUGACUGGAAGUAUAUCCAGAAAAGCUUGGAAUCCAAUAUUUGUCUAGUCCAACACAUUACAACUGCUACAUUGGUGUGGCUCUGGUCGAGGCAUGACUUGAAACAAAGUUUGGUGCCUAUUGUUGUUAGUAUGCUGUUGCUCACAGUGUACAGACCUCUAAUCUCAGAUUUCCUAAUAAAUUCUUUCACUAUUGGGGCUUGGUCAACAUUGUUUAUUAAGCUCAUUACUGCAAUAGUAAUGGGUGCAAUAACUUUACACAUUUAUGCAGCACUUGCAUAUUCCAUUGGUAUAUUCUAAGUCUAUCAUAGCUGUUAAUGUCAUAAGAUUUUGAUACCAAAACUUUGUAUUAAUAUAAAUAAUAAAUAUAAUAAAUAUAUUAGUUAUUACUGAUAUUUGGUUAAUUACAGAGUUUUAUGAAGUUUUUUUUUUUUAUUAAACUGUACAUUAUUUAAAAAUUACAUCAGAAAGUUUAUAUUUCAAGGUAUACUAAACUUUACAUUUUCAUUUUACAAAGUAUGUAAAAUAUCCGAUCAACUCAGUCUUUGCAAAUUACUAAAUGUUUGAGAUUUCAUAAUAAAUACUUAAUUGCCAUAUUAGAAUAUACGUUAUUAUUUACAUGAU